CCCCUCCUCUUUUUUUUCUUUUUUUGCCGCGUGGCCCUGAUUGGCGCAAACAGCCGCGGCGGCGGCGCUCGCGCCCUUGCUCUGUUUGCGUGAAGAGAAAGAAGGAGGGCGAGAAAGGGCCUUGACGCGGAGGCUGCCGCUGCCGCCGACCCAAGAAGGAAACGGGGCCUAGUGGGGAACCGAGGAGGAGGACGCCGCCGAAGAAGGAGAGGAGGAGCCGGCUGGCUGGCUGGCUGAGGGGAACGGCUGCUUCCCCGUGUGUGUGUGUUUGUGUAUGAGAGAGAGAGACUGCCUUGGUGAGGUGGUGGUGGUGGAAGAGUGGUUUUUUGGCCUUCCUGAGGUGGACUCUUUCCCGACGGGUCGGCCGCGGCUGCUGCGCUGAGGGGAAAGCGGAUGGCGGCAACAUCCGGGGCCUCCGGGGCGGCGGUCGUGGCAGCGGCGGCGGCGGGAGCAGCGACCGCGGUUGGAUCCGGCGGGGCCCCGGCUCUCUACGCCUGCACCAAGUGCAACCAGCGCUACCCGUUUGAGGAGCUCUCCCAAGGACAGCAGCUCUGCAAGGAAUGUCGUAUUGCACAUCCCAUGGUAAAAUGCACUUACUGUCGAUCAGAGUUUCAGCAAGAGAGCAAAACAAAUACAAUAUGCAAGAAAUGUGCCCAAAAUGUGAAGCAGUUUGGAACGCCAAAACCUUGUCAGUACUGCAACAUAAUUGCUGCUUUUAUUGGCACAAAAUGUCAGCGCUGCACAAACUCUGAAAAGAAGUAUGGACCUCCUCAGACAUGUGAGCAGUGCAAACAGCAAUGUGCUUUUGAUCGCAAGGAGGAGGGGAGAAGGAAGGUUGAUGGGAAGCUGUUGUGUUGGCUCUGCACUCUGUCCUACAAGAGAGUACUGCAGAAGACCAAGGAGCAGAGGAAGAGCUUAGGGUCUUCACAGUCUAAUUCCUCCUCCACAAGCCUAACUGAAAAAGACCAGCAGCAUCUGAAACAUCACCACCAUCACCGUCACCAUCAUCACCACCACCACCGUCAUACCAGCAGCCAUCACAAAAUCAGCAGUCUGAGUCCAGAGCAGGAUCAGGGAUUGUGGAAACAGAGCCAUAAAUCCUCUGCAGCAAUUCAGAAUGAAACUCCAAAGAAAAAGCCCAAAAUGGAAUCCAAGCCAUCUAAUGGAGAUAGUAGUUCUAUAAAUCAGUCAGCAGACAGUGGCGGUACUGACAACUUCGUCCUCAUAAGUCAAUUGAAAGAAGAGGUGAUGUCAUUGAAGCGCCUCUUGCAACAAAGAGAUCAAACUAUUCUGGAAAAAGACAAAAAGCUGACAGAGCUGAAGGCAGAUUUUCAGUAUCAGGAAUCGAACCUGAGAACAAAAAUGAACAGUAUGGAGAGAGCUCACAAGGAAACUGUAGAACAACUCCAGGCAAAGAACAGAGAGCUACUCAAACAGGUUGCAGCCUUAUCGAAAGGCAAGAAGUUUGACAAGAGUGGGAGUAUGCUGACAUCUCCAUGACAAUCUAGUGGUUUGCAUGGGUGUUAAAUAUUCAAAAGGUAAACAACUCCGUGGCAACUCUGUAGAAGCCUGUGUGAUAAGAUGAAAUAUUUUUGAACACAUGUUUCUUGGCAUGUUUCUUACACCAUUUUGUAACUGGUAAUUUAGUUACUUUUUAAAGUUUAAACCAGUUGGAUUCAUGUACUUCAGCCGGGUUGAAGAAAUCUUUUUUAAAAAAGAGAUUUAUACCAGAGAGAGAGAUUUCUUGCUGGUGAUCGGUAAGAGUGCUCUUAUUUUUAAUCGCAUCAUGCAAUAACAGAUACAUGAAUGACAGCCACUUGAGGGAGAUGUCCACCAAGCACUGCCAUUGUGAAGACUUACUAAUGUAAAUUGGAUUUUAUUCAGGGCACCUGGGCAGGAACAGACCUUGUUUGGGAGCUGAGCAGACCUACAUCAAGGGAAAAAACCUGUCAACUAUAUCACUUCUCCAGCUGCAGCUAGUUCAGAAACAAAAGGAAGCACUAGAUACACGGGCACUGUACUUUACCUUUUCAGUCAAAAUAAGAGUACAUUGAAGAAUAAAAUCAUGGUGCUUUUAUUAUAGAAACUUAUAAAUACAUGUAAAAGAAUUUAAACAAUUUUAUUCUUAGUGAUAACUGUGUUUUGCAUUUCUUGUGAUAGAAACUUAAAGAGAUCUUCUAUUGUAAGUACCAGAACAAAAUGUGGUUUUCAAAAAUAUACUGUAGACUUUUCUCUUGCAAGUGCCUUUUCUCCCAACUGUUUAUUUAUAGGAACGUGGGUAUUUUGUAUAUAAGGGUUUUCUUUUUUUUAAAAAAAAAUCAUUUUUAAAUGUUCCCUCACGUGUGUAUGUGUGUGUAUAUACAUAUGUAUAUAUAUGUACAGAAGAAUCACAUGCUAAGAACAACGUUUGGAUAGAAAAGGUGCUAAGAACUAGCAGACAGUGAAUUUUGGCUAUAGAUAACUAACAGAUGUUUCUGUAUAAAGAGUAUUUGUCUUAACUCUUGUUACACCUAACUUAAUUUUUAUUUUGCCACACUAAACUGUAGGGCUUUUAAAAUAUUUUCUAUUUCAUUUCUGAUUCACAUUGUGGUGUAUUCUAAACUGAAUGAUGCAGGAACAGUGUUUGAGCUGAUGUAACUCUUCAGAUAUUUCUUUUCAUAACAUAAUGCCUUUUUAAAAUUGCUAGGUUAAUGUGUAUGUGUGCGUGUUCUUAAUUUCUGUACAAUAAGGAAACAGCAGCCCUGCACCAAAAGCUCUACCAAAAGCUGAGGGCACAGUACCACAGUAAUUCUGUUCAGUGGUGAAUAUCCUGGGAGCCAGAGGAGAUGCCCAGGAGCACCUCACAUUAGGAACAGAAGCACCAGCCAUGUGGGCCACCUAACCCUUGGCUAUGUAUUCAGGUGGGAUCAGAGCAGGUGGAAGCCCCACAUGCUCUGUGGGAGUUGGAAGAGCCUGACCAGAGCAUCCCCUUUCCCAAUAAGAAGCCAUGAAGACACGCCCCAACUCAGUGGCUUUCAAUGUCUGGGAAGCCCUGGGAUUGCAUAGGAAUUUAUUGAUGGUGUUUGUGGUUGGCUAAAAGACUGACAGCUCGUUCACUACGGCUGAUCUCCCACACCAUUGAUUUGCACUCAUGCAGCUGCAGGAGUGUGCUGUGGUUGCCACCUCAGAUUAAGUUGUGGCAGUGGUGAGGCCCAAAAGGUCUGGAACAUGUCCCAGAACCUUGUGUAGUACACAAAAGUUCUACAUCUGAUAGUCGAAAGUUGCUCAGCAGACAAAAUUAGUGUGGAAAUUAUUCUCUGAAGGUGGAAAGUGGGAGCUGUUGUCUAGAAAGGAUGAUAAAAUCUUCAAAUGUUUUUAAUGUUCUCUUUGGAAUAAUGUUACAAACGGUUAGCAAAUCCAAAGCUCAUUCCAGAAGCAUGGUUUUCUUCAGCUUUAAAAAUAAGCUGUUUUUCCAUUAAAUGGAAAUCCUGUUAAUAAAAGGGUGCUCAAGUUACUCUCAAAAGAAUUGCACUUCAGCUAGCAUUUAUGUGUUUUUGGACCUCCAGCUGCGUGAAAAUGGGGAGUGUUUUUCCCAAGAGACUACUGAAGAAUUGUAAUUUGAAAAAAGGGUGGUAGCUUUCUACUAUACUGAGGGCGUUGUUGUUUUUUUAAUUUUUUGUAUACUAAGAUGAACUUUGUGAAUUUAUAAAUAACGUUUGCUGAUCUUAAUGAUACAGCUCGGAUGGAAUACCCAGCUGCUAUCUUAUCAGACUAUUUAGUCAUUGCAAACUUUUUUUUAAAAUUAUCCAUGUCAAAGUAUUUUGAUACUUUUUUCCCACUUGAAAGGCUACCGUUAACUGAUGGAUUUUUUUGUUUUGUUUUAAAGAACAAACUUCACAGGAAACUAAUCCACUUUCUGAUCAAGGAGUUUUCAUUAAAACCUUUGUAUGCUGCAACAGGGUCAUUUUAGAGAAGGAUCCAGUAUUUUGAUUUUUAAAUACUGGAGAUAUACAAAGCCCAUUAGAAAAGUAUUUAGAGACUUCACAGUAUGUAGAGAAAUUAAUUUGGGUUUUAAAUUAUAUAACCUGUCUUUAACUGGGGAGUUCUGGAGGCAAAAAAAAGAAUAGCACGUGGAAUCCUGGAGUUGUAGGUUAUUUUCAGAAUUAACUUGUUUUUAUGUAGACUUUCAAGAUUAUUCAUCGUACUAUAAUGUGGAUUUAAGUCAGUUCUUCAACUGUUAGCAUUGAACAAUAAAAGAUUCACUUGGGCUUGAGUUAUUUAUGUAUUUUAAGCCUGUGAAUAUUGCAAUUCCUUUUUAGUUAGAAUGUCUGUCCAUUCUGAGGUGAAGCCUUUCUGCUUGCUACAUGUGUAUAUACUAUUGAAGUUGUGUACUGGCACACUUGUUGACAGUUGAAAUUUUUGUACUCUUUUCUAAAUCCAGUAUUUCACAAUAAAAGCUCAGUAAAACAUCA